AUGUAUCAGGGCAUUCUGGAUACUAUUGAUGAUGGGGAGAAAAGUGCAAACAAUAUUGGCCGACAAGUUAUUUUGCCACCAUCUUUCAUAGGUGGGCAUCGUGAUAUGAAGAAGCGGCAUUUAAAUGCUUUGGCACUUGUUCAGCGGUUUGGCAAGCCUGAUCUUUUUGUCACUAUGACAUCUGAUCGUCCAGAUGUUAUUGCUCGUGUAUUUAGAAGUAAGCUAAUUGCAUUGAAGAAACAAAUCACAGAAGAACAUGUUUUUGGGAAGGUUGCAGCUAUAGUAUAUGUUGUAGAGUUCCAAAAAAGAGGUCUGCCACAUGCCCAUUUUCUUAUUAUCUUAGACCAUGGGUAUAAGCUUACUCGUCCUUCAGAUUAUGAUAAUUUUUUUAGUGCAGAAAUUCUUUCUACUGAAUCUCCUCAGUUGCGUGAAAUUAUAUUAAAGCGCAUGAUGCAUGGUCCCUGUGGUAGUCUAAAUCCAAAGUGUGGAUGCAUGAAAAAGAGAGUUAAGGAUGAUUUGGUUUGUAAAUAUAAUUUUCCCAAGUCAUAUGUAGAAGAAACCACUACUAAUGAGGAUGAUUUUCCAUUGUAUAGAAGGCGAAACACAAGAGAGCAUGUUAGGAUUCGUGGUGCUAAUCUUGAUAAUCGAUGGGGCCAAAAUCGUGUUUCUUUUAAUUUUGAUGGAGAAGGUAGUGAAGGUGUUGAUGAGAUUAAGAAUUUUCAAGCUGGUAGAUGGGUUUCUCCAUGUGAGGCAGCUUGGAGAAUAUUUGGGUUUGAUUUGUUUGAAAUGACUCCUUUUGUCAUUUUGUUACCAGUGCACUUGCCAAAUAUGCAGAUUGUUUACAUGAGGUCUCGUGAACAGCUUGAAUCAGUUGUUGGAAAUGAAAAAAGAAGCAAAGCUGCUUUGACGGAAUUUUUCACCAAAAAUGCAUCCCUGCCUGGAGGCAAAGGUCUUCGAUAUACUGAAAUGAUUGCAGCAUACAGAUGGGAUAGCAGCAAUAAAGAGUGGGUUAAAAGAACCUAUAAAAAAAAUAAUGUUAGUAGGAUGGCUAUUGUGGUUCCUUCAGAAGGUGAGCGUUUCUAUUUGCGCUUAUUUCUUGGUAAAGUUAUAAAUCCUAUAUUAUUUAACCAUCUAAAAACUGUUGAUGGGGUUUUAUACUCAACGUUUCAAGAGGCUGCUAUUAAGCACGGGUUGUUACAGGAAGACAGUGCAACCACUUCUUGUGUGAAGGAGGCAUCAGAAGCCCAAAUGCCUUCAGCAAUGAGGCAACUCUUUGCAACCCUGUUAAUAUUCUUCCAACCAAGUAAUCCAAAUGUGCUUUGGUUGCGUGUUUAUAGCUCAUUGUCUGAAGACUUCAAGCAUAAGUAUCCAAACUGCCCAUCUAAAGUUAAGAAAUUGACUGUGAAGGAGUUAGAAAGCAGCUUAGAAGCCAUGGGAAUGUCGUUGGAAUACUUUGAAUUAGGUCAUUUGGUAGAUGAAGCGGAUGAUGGGAUUCGUGCGACAAGAGAUAUUGUAGAUGCUUUAGAAGCACCUAUUCCUCUAGAAUGUCUUGAUUGUCGAGAUAAAUUAAAUGCAACUCAGGAAAAAAAAGUUCUUCCUACAGUAACAUCAGGUAUUGCAGCAUCUAAUAUUUCUUUUGGCAGAACAACACACUCAAGAUUUAAGAUACCAUUAGAUUCUAAAACAUCACUUACUUGUGAUGUUCCUAAGCAAGGAAGUUUAGCUGCUUUAAUAAAAGAAGUUGUUCUUUUCAUUUGGGAUGAGGCUUCAAUGAUCUUUGCUUGUUAUCCUGAUAACCCUUUUGGUGGGAAAGUAAUUGUUUUUGGAGGGGAUUUUAGGCAGGUGUUGCCUAUUUUUCCUCGUCGUACACAAAAGGAAGUUGUUGGUGUAAGUGUAGUUAGUUCCUACAAAUGGCCUAUUUUGACAAAAUUCCAAUUAACAGAAAAUAUCAGAGCUAAAGAAGAUCCACUGUAUUCAGCUUUCUUGCUUGCUCUUGGAAAUGGACAAUUACAUUCAGUUGAAAAUUCCUAUGUUCAGCUUCCACAGCACAUUGUUAAUUACUAUGAUGUGAAUGAUGAUCCUGUUCCGAUCAAUAUUUUUAAUGAACGUGCAAUUUUUACGCCUGUGAAUGAGGAUGUUGAUGCCAUUAAUGAAUAUAUGAUUGGGAUGUUUCCUGGCACAUCAACUAUGUAUGCAAGUUAUGAUUCAAUACUUGAUGAUAUAGUUAUGAAACAUCAAUAUGUUCCUCUGGAUAAGUUAACUCCCAAAACCAAAAAGUACAAGAUUAAAGUUAAGGGCAACAAUAUUAGGGGAACUCUAUUUGAUGAUGAAAUUGAGAAUUUUGAAGGUAUAUUAGAACAUGAGAAAGAAUAUGUCAUAGCAGAUGCACCAAUUAGAAACACCAAUCCAAUGUAUCGUCAUAAAGAAGGUGACUACUACUUGUCAUUUAGAGGCUCUACUGCAAUCCAGCCUCUCAACCCUAACACCGGUCCUGUCUUGCCAAAUUACAUUCCUAUAGUUGAAGUGCCACCAACCAGUACUGCAGAUGAUCGCUUUGAUAUUCUUGGUGUUGUGGUUUAUUUGGAAGACACACGAAGGAAAAAAAAAAAUAGUGGCUAUGAAUUUGAUGUGCUUGGUGAUAGACUUAUCAUUUCUCUAUAUGGUGAGCUUGCCACUAAAGACUGUGCUAAACUAACUGCUUGGUAUGUAGGAUUCUCAUUGGCAUUGUCUAUGUCAACAGUUAUUGAUACCAACCCGACUGGUCCAGAAGUUGAUGCACUCAAAGCUUGGUGA